GAGCCGCCCGAGGGACACGCUCGCCGCGCCCGGCUCCGCGCUGCUCCCGGCGGCGUGGGCGAAAACGCGCCCCGGCCCCGCGCCCCGAGACUUUUGUCCCUUAGCGUUUGACACUGAGUACCAAAGAAAUGGUGAUGGAGAAGCCAAGUCCCCUGCUCGUAGGGCGGGAGUUUGUGAGACAGUACUACACCCUGCUAAACAAAGCUCCUGACUUCUUGCACAGGUUUUAUGGCAGGAAUUCUUCUUAUGUUCAUGGAGGACUGGAUGCCAGUGGGAAACCGCAAGAAGCAGUGUAUGGUCAAGCUGAGAUCCACAAGAAGGUGAUGUCCCUGCAGUUCAGUGAGUGCCACACCAAGAUCCGUCACGUGGAUGCCCACGCCACUCUGAGCGAUGGCGUGGUCGUGCAGGUCAUGGGAGAGCUGUCCAACAACGGGCAGCCCAUGAGGAAGUUCAUGCAGACUUUUGUGCUUGCUCCAGAAGGAUCUGUUCCAAACAAGUUCUAUGUCCAUAAUGAUAUCUUCAGAUACGAAGAUGAAGUAUUUGGGGAUUCAGAAGGAGAACUUGAUGAAGAAUCUGAGGAAGAGGUGGAAGAAGAGCAGGAGGAAAGACAACCAUCACCUGAACCUGUGCAAGAGAAUGCAAGCAGUACUUAUUAUGAAAACCAUCCUGUAACCAAUGGGAUAGAGGAGGCACUGGAGGAAUCUUCUCAUGAACCUGAGCCAGAAUUGGAAUCUGAAACAAAAGCUGAGGAGCUGAAGGCUGAAGCGGAAGAAAAGACCCUUGAGGAACUAGAAGAGAAAUCUCCAUCUCCACCUCCUGUAGAACCUGUUUCGCUACCGCAAGAACCACCAAAGGCUUUCUCUUGGGCUUCAGUGACCAGUAAAAACCUGCCUCCUAGUGGUACUGUUUCUUCCUCUGGAAUUCCACCCCAUGUUAAAGCACCAGUCUCACAGCCAAGAGUGGAAACUAAACCUGAAGCUCAGUCUCAGCCUCCUCGCGUUCGUGAGCAGCGUCCCAGGGAAAGACCGGGCUUUCCACCACGAGGACCUCGGCCAGGAAGGGGAGACAUGGAGCAGAACGAGUCGGAUAAUCGUCGGAUAAUUCGCUAUCCAGACAGCCACCAGCUCUUUGUUGGGAACUUGCCACAUGAUAUUGAUGAGAGUGAACUGAAAGAGUUCUUCAUGAGCUUUGGAAAUGUGGUAGAACUUCGCAUAAAUACUAAGGGAGUGGGAGGAAAACUGCCUAAUUUUGGUUUCGUGGUGUUUGACGAUUCUGAGCCGGUCCAGCGAAUUUUAGUUGCAAAACCCAUAAUGUUCCGCGGGGAGGUGCGCCUGAACGUGGAAGAGAAAAAAACCAGAGCCGCUCGCGAGCGGGAGACGCGCGGCGGCGGCGACGAGCGCAGGGAUCUCCGCCGCAAUGAGAGAGGCCCGGGGGGGCCCCGCGGGAUAGUGGGCGGCGGCAUGAUGCGGGACCGGGACGGAAGAGGACCUCCUCCGCGGGGCGGCAUGGCACAGAAACUUGGCUCUGGACGAGGAACCGGGCAGAUGGAAGGCCGUUUCACUGGACAGCGUCGCUGAAGUCUCCACUGUGGGCAGACAGUCUUGGCAGUGGUACAUUACCCAUCGUGUUUGCAUUCUUGUUAAUUUUUUUUUUAGCUUUGGAAUGUGACACAGCCCUUCUGAUCAUUUCUUUGAUGUGAAAACAUCCUUUGGUUUCCAGUUUAAAUUGAGGUGGACAUUUUUUCCCCAGUUUCACAACAGGAGUCACACUCUUAAUUUAUAAAUGUAUACGUGGAGAAUUGAAGACUAAAAAAUAAAGAAAAAAGAAAAAGAAACAAAAGAAAAGAAAAGACCGGUUAACUAUCUGCAACAGAAUUUGAACUAAAGGACAUGCCCAGUAGAAUUCAGGUCCUUUCAGUCAAAAACCCUCUGCUGCACAUUUUGUGUAAGUGUUACCGUUUCUGCCUACUACUGUUGGAAACACAAAUAGUGCAAUUUGUGCAAUUGGAGAAGCUUGCCUUUUUUUUUUCCUUCUUAGAACACUCGGCUCCAAACAAACUCGUGUUUACGCACUCAUCAAAAUGCACUAAUGGGUCCUCUGAACUCAUUUAUACUGACAGCUGCAGGAGGCAUCGGAGGGAAAACCUUCAUCCUCUUACUCAGAAUAGCUUGGGGAACGAUGCGGGCAUCUGCUCUGCUUGCUGUGACCAACCUCUGUACACACACAAACCUUAAUAAGACUACACCUUUGUUCCAGAAGGAGUCCAGUUAGCUGUAACCAGAACCCAGAGUUUCCAAGUCGUAGCCCUGAGUAUGCAACAAGUUUGAUAGCUCACAUCAGAUUUUUCUAUCUGCCCCUCUUCAGUGCAGGGAUGGCUGCUCAACACACUCCUCCUUCCCCUUCCCCCUUCGAGAAGCGUUGUACAGUGAAACUUGUCUUGACUGUAUUUGAGUUCUCUGGUAAUGUAAUAAGCAUGAUGGUGCCUUCUAUGAAUACAUCAUUCCAGUCUUGCUGGUGAUUUUGUACAGUAUAGUGUAUGAAGUACUGUGCUGCAAAGCCAAGUGGCUGCAAAGCAUUUAAAUAAUUGGAAAAUUGUAUUUAAAAAAUUGCAGUGUCUUUCAAUGAGUAAAUGUUGCUAAAAUGAUUAUCCACCUUGCUCUUCAAUUAACAAGUUUGCCUGUUUUUUUUGCAGUGGGGGGGAAGGGAGGAUGAAGGCAUCCAAGU